AGCGGCCCAGACGCCGGCGGGGCGGCCGAGGCUGCUGUGAGAGGGCGCUCGAGGCUGCCUAGAGCUAGCUGGCGAAGGAGGCGGGGAGGCGGCGUCUGCACUCGCUGGCCCCCUCGCUCGCUUCCCGGCGCCACUGCGGGUCGGCGCUGCGUUUCCUGCUCGCGAACCACUCCGUUGCCCGCGCCGGGAGCAGCAGCCCCUCGGCAGGGUCCGGGCUCGGUUCGGGAGUCUUGCGUGCCGGCGGUCACCGCGCGGGGAGCGAGCUAGCGCCACACCUGUGGAGCCGGCGGCCGUCGGCGGAGCCGGUCGGGAUCCUGCCGCGUGCGUGCUCUGGGGAGCGGGCGGCCCGGGUCCCGGGGGAGGCGCGCCCCCGCGGCUGGGCGCCGCGGGCACCAUGGGGCUCCCAGCUCUCGAGUUCAGCGACUGCUGCCUCGAUAGCCCGCACUUCCGAGAGACGCUCAAGUCGCACGAAGCAGAGCUGGACAAGACCAACAAAUUCAUCAAGGAGCUCAUCAAGGACGGGAAGUCACUCAUAACCGCGCUCAAGAAUUUGUCUUCAGCGAAGCGGAAGUUUGCAGAUUCCUUAAAUGAAUUUAAAUUUCAGUGCAUAGGAGAUGCAGAAACAGAUGAUGAGAUGUGUAUAGCAAGGUCUUUGCAGGAGUUUGCCACUGUCCUCAGGAAUCUUGAAGAUGAACGGAUACGGAUGAUUGAGAAUGCCAGCGAGGUGCUCAUCACUCCCUUGGAGAAGUUUCGAAAGGAACAGAUUGGGGCUGCCAAGGAAGCCAAAAAGAAGUAUGACAAAGAGACAGAAAAGUAUUGUGGCAUCUUAGAAAAACACUUGAAUUUGUCUUCCAAAAAGAAAGAAUCUCAGCUUCAGGAGGCAGACAGCCAAGUGGACCUGGUCCGGCAGCAUUUCUAUGAAGUAUCCCUGGAAUAUGUCUUCAAGGUGCAGGAAGUCCAAGAGAGAAAGAUGUUUGAGUUUGUGGAGCCCCUGCUGGCCUUCCUGCAAGGACUCUUCACUUUCUAUCACCAUGGUUACGAACUGGCCAAGGAUUUCGGCGACUUCAAGACACAGUUAACCAUUAGCAUACAGAAUACAAGAAAUCGCUUUGAAGGCACUAGAUCAGAAGUGGAAUCACUGAUGAAAAAGAUGAAGGAGAAUCCCCUUGAGCACAAGACCAUCAGUCCCUACACCAUGGAGGGAUACCUCUAUGUGCAGGAGAAACGUCACUUUGGAACUUCUUGGGUGAAGCACUACUGUACAUAUCAACGGGAUUCCAAACAAAUCACCAUGGUACCAUUUGACCAAAAGUCAGGAGGAAAAGGGGGAGAAGAUGAAUCAGUUACCCUCAAAUCCUGCACACGGCGGAAAACAGAUUCCAUUGAGAAGAGGUUUUGCUUUGAUGUGGAAGCAGUAGACAGGCCAGGGGUUAUCACCAUGCAAGCAUUGUCAGAAGAGGACCGGAGGCUCUGGAUGGAAGCCAUGGAUGGCCGGGAACCUGUCUACAACUCGAACAAAGACAGCCAGAGUGAAGGGACUGCGCAGUUGGACAGCAUUGGCUUCAGCAUAAUCAGGAAAUGCAUCCAUGCUGUGGAAACCAGAGGGAUCAACGAGCAAGGGCUGUAUCGAAUUGUGGGGGUCAACUCCAGAGUGCAGAAGUUGCUGAGUGUCCUGAUGGACCCCAAGACUGCUUCUGAGACAGAAACAGAUAUCUGUGCUGAAUGGGAGAUAAAGACCAUCACCAGUGCUCUGAAGACCUACCUAAGAAUGCUUCCAGGACCACUCAUGAUGUACCAGUUUCAAAGAAGUUUCAUCAAAGCAGCAAAACUGGAGAACCAGGAGUCUCGGGUCUCUGAAAUCCACAGCCUUGUUCAUCGGCUCCCAGAAAAAAAUCGGCAGAUGUUACAGCUGCUCAUGAACCACUUGGCAAAUGUUGCUAACAACCACAAGCAGAAUUUGAUGACGGUGGCAAACCUUGGCGUAGUGUUUGGACCCACUCUGCUGAGGCCUCAGGAAGAAACAGUAGCAGCCAUCAUGGACAUCAAAUUUCAGAACAUUGUCAUUGAGAUCCUAAUCGAAAACCAUGAAAAGAUAUUUAACACCGUGCCCGAUAUCCCUCUCACCAAUGCCCAGCUGCACCUGUCUCGGAAGAAGAGCAGUGACUCCAAGCCCCCGUCCUGCAGCGAGAGGCCCCUGACGCUCUUCCACACCGUUCAGUCAACAGAGAAACAGGAACAAAGGAACAGCAUCAUCAACUCCAGUUUGGAAUCUGUCUCAUCAAAUCCAAACAGCAUCCUUAAUUCCAGCAGCAGCUUACAGCCCAACAUGAACUCCAGUGACCCAGACCUGGCUGUAGUCAAACCCACCCGGCCCAACUCACUCCCCCCGAAUCCAAGCCCAACUUCACCCCUCUCGCCAUCUUGGCCCAUGUUCUCGGCGCCAUCCAGCCCUAUGCCCACCUCAUCCACGUCCAGCGACUCCUCCCCCGUCAGGUCUGUUGCAGGGUUUGUUUGGUUUUCUGUUGCUGCCGUUGUUCUCUCAUUGGCUUGGUCCUCUCUUCAUGCAGUGUUCAGCCUCCUCGUCAACUUUGUUCCCUGCCAUCCAAACCUGCACUUGCUUUUUGACAGGCCAGAAGAAGCGGUACGUGAAGACUCCAGCACACCGUUCCGGAAGGCGAAAGCCUUGUAUGCCUGCAAAGCUGAACAUGACUCAGAACUUUCGUUCACAGCAGGCACGGUCUUCGAUAAUGUUCACCCAUCUCAGGAGCCUGGCUGGUUGGAGGGGACUCUGAACGGAAAGACUGGCCUCAUCCCUGAGAAUUACGUGGAGUUCCUCUAACCGUGGGCCCCAGCAGAACUGCUGAGCUUUACAUGGUAUCCAUGACAACUGCUGAUUCCAGUGUCGUAGGCCAUUUCUCUUUGCCACUGAGAAAUGCAGCGUGAUUGACUCUGUUGCUACCUGUCAACAUGAAUGUUUCUGUGAGCUCUGGUGUCACUCAUCUCCAUGAUCAUCUCAGCCAACACUCAUCAAUACUGCAAGAAAAGAAGUCAAUCAGCAGAGGAGACCAUUUGCUUUUAAUAACUAAGAGGAAGACUUGCAAAGCCGUUUUCUCAUGAGUACCCUAAAUAGGGGGCACUCAUUUUGUUUCAACAGUCCAAACGCCCAACCUUCAGAAAGAGGAAGUCAGUCCCCGAGAGCACACUGCGUAGCUAAGUCUGCUGGGGCUGGGUGAAGAAAUUCGCGCUGAGAUCCAGGCUGGAUCCAUUGCUUUUGUUUACAGUAGGCACUCUCUCUACCCCACCUCUCAGUACUUGAGACUUAAAGUGCUACAGGCAGCUGAGUCUGUUUGCAUGCAGGAUGAAGAGGGUUAAAGCACUGUUUAUAUAAGAUCCAAUCUCUCACCAUCUCUAAAGCAGCCGUUGGCCCAUCAUCAGUGAGAUACAGUCCAGUCUUCUCAUGCACGGGAACACACACACCCUGCGUUUCUCCCUCCCAGGCUAGGAACCUCUUUGCCACCAAGGGCUGCCAUCCAUCGCCUAGUAACCACGGCAACCCAACCUACUCUAAAACCAAACCAAAAAAAAUAAAAUAACACAUCCUCUUUGCAUGACACAUUUUUUCUCUCCCCUUUUUGGUAUCCUUUUAUUGAAUGGUUUUCUAACAACUUGAAGCACAGGAUCAAGGAAUUAGGGUGGUCUACUUGAGGCAGACGGGAUAGUAGCUGGGAACUGUUCCCCUUCUGAUGAAUUUUAGCAGCAUCGGGAUAUAUUUGGAGCACACCCUAGUAACCUCUUGAGAUUAAAUUACAUAGUCUUAAUAUUUCUGUUUCUCCAUGCAACUGAUGUUUGUUUUUUAAAGGGUAAGAUGCUGCCUCCCAAUGGGUGACACCAUCUGACUGGUUUCCCCAUGUCUUCCCGUUCACCCAUCCCUGCUCCCACCCUUGCCUGCCUCUAACCCACCACUGGCCAGCCCCCUUGCCCUGCUCUGGGCUGCUGAACACUGGUGCUGUGGUGGUUUUCAAGGUUAAUUCCUAGGCUAACCGUAUGGCCUAUAGUUUAAAAGGACAUCUAUAUUCACUGCCACUCCGAAAAAGGGAAUUAUUUCUCAGUCUUUUGAGGCAUGAGACUAAUAUAGGCCAUUGUGAUUCAGAAAGAAACCCAGGGUUAGAGGGUGGGAUGGGUACCCUCUGAAAAAGGGAAUUUGCUGGUGAAAAGAGGCUGGAUCUUGUGGAAGGCUGCCUUGGAUGGGGAAGUUCUGCCUGGACAUUUCAAAUUCACUUGGCCUUCAAGCAACAGAGUCAUCCAUAUCUUCCACAUGUGAAUGUCAUUGCAAAGGUGACUCUAGACAAACUACAAACCGAUGGACGGUCAGGCUCCCCAGGAGCCCCUUGGAUGGCAGCGUUGCUUCAGAGUGGUUCCUGUUUCUGGAACUCCUUGUUAGGAAACUUCAAAGAAGAAAAGAAAAACUUGAAUUGUGUGGAAUUACUGUAUCUUUUACUUUUUCUUUUUGAAAAGAUAAACUUGUAAAUAGAAUGAUUUGAAAUACUAUAUGGCAAAGUUUUAUAUUUGAUAUUCUUUAAGCUAGUUGCUCACAUGCUUAGUCUUCAGUUGCUGAAGAAGUACGUUUAAGAGGGAGAGGGGGCGGCAAAGCUGAAGAGAGUCAAGGUCACUGUCCCCGCUUCGGCCUGAAGGAAAGAGAAGACAUUCCUAUGGCCUUGCUCUCUGCUGUCCCAUUGGUGGGCAUGACACAUCAGUGGUGUUCAGUCUUCAUGUGUUUCUGAGCAUCCCUUGGGCUUUGGAUUUGGAGAUGGGAAGAGCAUCUCCAGGCAAUGAGUUUUUCAAAGAAUGCCUACUUAGUAGUAAGAUGAAGCUCAGGAUUUAAAUAAGUGGGGUCAGGCAUUUGAUUUUUUGUCUUUCUUCUCAGGUGUAUUUCUUGGUACCUGCCAAGAUAUCAGGACAGAAAGAGAUGAGUCAAUUGCUGUGUUCUUUACUUCUUUUUCUCCACAUCUUCUGAGACUUCAGAAAUGUGGACAAGCUAGUUUUCAAAUUUUGUGUGUCUGUAAGUUCUUAAAAAACCAGCUUCUUAGAAUGUUCAGUUCUCAAUGUGCUGCUGCUUUCCUUUUUCCUAAACAUUUUUAAACUCUUCCCUUUCAUCUCCAAUUCCCUAUGAUCCCAAAGGAAGAGGAAGACUCCAGGAGGGAUGUAGAUUGUGCCAUCAUAGCUUUACAGGUGGUUUGAAAGUUAACAGGGGUUUGUCAUGGCGAUUCACUACUCAAUUUAUCAGCUCAAGGAUUAUACGACUCUUUUCCAGGAACUCACCCAAGAGCAAGCUAGACACUACCAUGGAAUCAGGGAAUAAGAAUUAAGAAUGGACAGGACCAAGAUAGAACUCAAGAAAGCCAUUGGAGAAAACUCGAGAAGAAAGGGAGUAUACUAAUAGGUUAGAUCUGUGGACUUGAGGACAAGAAGACCUUGGGAAAUGGGGGCCUCAGGGGAUGUGCAUUCACCUACUAUUGUGUUUCCCAAAGAAAGACCAACAUCAUGCUUUUAACACAUACAAUGGAGUUUUUUUAUUUGUGUUUUUGUUUGUUUGUUUGUUUGAUUUUUGAGACGGAGUCUCGCUCUGUGGCCCAGGCUGGAGUGCAGUGGUGCAAUCUUGGCUCACUGCAACCUCCACCUCCUAGGUUCAAGUGAUUCUCCUGCCUCAGCCUCCCGAGUAGCUGGGACUACAGGCAUGAGCCAUCACACCCAGCUAGUUUUUUGUAUUUUUAGUAGAGACGGGGUUUUGCCAUGUUGGCCAGGCUGAUCUCGAAGUCCUGACCUCAAGUGAUCUGCCUGCCUCUGUUCCCCAAAGUGCUGGGAUUCCAGGUGUGAGCCACCAUGGCUGACCACAUUUGAUGUUUGAAGUUGUAAUCUGUCCCAUCAUAAACUUACCUGGAGCUCAUGUGGAGGAACAGAAGGCCAAGAUCCUUGCUUUGGGAGUGCCUCACAAAGCAUCCCUGUAGACACGUGGCCCCAGCUUCACUGCUUGGAAGCAUGUCCCUCGCUCCUGAGUUGGCUCUGAUUUGAAACCAGGAGAAACAGAGCUGCUGCCAAUGGGAUCUUUUAGGUAACCCCCUCUCCAGCUUCCAUGUGUCUGUGUAGUGCCCAUGAGUUGCUGCCAAUGGGAUCUCUUAGGUACCCCCUCCCCAGCUUCCCUGUGGCUGGCUGUGUGGUGUCCAUGACAGAUGGCUGCCAAUGGGAUCUUUUAGGUAACCCCUCCCCAGCUUCCCUGUGUCUGUGUGGUGCCCUUGACAGAUGGCUGCCGUGUUUCCCUUUGCGCAGCCAGGCUCCCCUCCUUCCUAUUAGCUACAAAACUGGAUAAACUUCAGAAUAUGAGCCAACGAGUAGGAAGGAACUUGAAGACUAAAAGAUUUUACUCUCUCCCCUAUCCAUGCCCCCUACCUCUGACUGUGUGUGAACAGGAAACUUAAGGGCAGAUGAGGAGAAUGAAUUGGUUAUCAGAGUGGAAGACCAUGGCCCGGGAUCCCUGAGCUUCCCCAGUAGCCUCCAGUUUGCCUUGUAAGACCCAGGAAUCACUUAGCCAUAGCCUGAAUCUUUUAGGGGUGUUAAGGGCGGCCUCUCACUCUUCCUUCAGGCUACUAACAAAAUGUCAUAGUUAAAGAAUGCUGUGCCAGGAGAAGAUAGCUGGUUUCAAAUCCCUGCCCCCAGGCAAGUAAAACCCUGACUUGCUCAAGACAGAAGAUCUUCUCUCCUGUUUUUCAAAAUAAUCGUAUAUAGGGAUGGACCCUGUGCAGUGUGGCCUGCCUUGGUGUCCUAGAAUUGGAGCCAGUCUUUCGCUUAAUGUCCGAAGUAUUUCUACGGCCAAUAUGUGUUUUCUUAUGUCAGACCAAACUAUCUUUUUGACGUCAGUUCAUUUCCUUUCGCCAAGUGCUUUUCGGACAGAGAGGCAAAGAGAAUGAACAAUCAAGUAUUGACAGACUGGCAUUAGCAGGACAGAGCCAUACUAGUGACAAGGGCAUUCCAAGGCACUUGCCCAGAGCUACAGAGUUGGGUGUGCCAUACCUGCGGCUCAAAGGGAGGGCCUUCUCUCCCCUGAGUUUCUAUUGCCUGAGAAUGGCAACUGCUGUCUCACUAAAAGCUCUGUCUUGACUACAGAGGCUCCAAAACCAUUCACAGAUGAAGGGGAGGAAGACAGAAAGAAGAAGCCAAAGAUAACCUGAUCCCUGCCUGUCUGUUGGCACCUGUCAUCCUCUGGCUUCUGCUCCUGAAAGCAAGUCUGGAUGACUGAGUUUUGUGGACAUGGUGCUCCCAGAAUUUGCCCAAGUACUGAAUGUUUUCUGAGCAACCGUAUUCCCCAAGUAGGUAGCCAGCACUGCAGAAACCAAACAGCCUGUUAGCUACCUGACUUUAAGAGGAAUGACCUAGGUGUUCUGCCAAGGGAAUUAUCUGUCAUCUCUGGCAAACUUGACAAUCACCACUUACCUCGACAACCCUGCCCCACAUCCCUUUAUAAAGUCAGCAGGAUGUCCUCUCACCCACCCUGUGCUGGUGUCUAAAAAAUUUAUCUUGUCAUGCUCGAAUGUGUUUGGCAGCCACACCGAUCGGCUGGGUGCGGAACCACCGCUCUGUAAUUGUAGCGUCAAAAUGACAACAGCAGCAGAGCGGCAAGUCUUGCCCAGCCCCACAGCAUGCCUGAGACAACACUCCAACAAGUAAUAAUUAACUUCUUUCUCGUGCCGCCUACAGUACCUGUCUAACUUAAAAGCUUCCCAAAGUGGAGGGAAAGGCCAUAGAGAGAAUCCAGGUGUUAUUCAGAGCCAGUCCUUGCUGAAAUGUGGUCUUCCAGUGGAAGCACCUGUAUUCUUGGGAGGAAAAAGUGCUGGAUGCAAAGUAACACCAGGACCAGAGAGAAAGAGGAAGGUGAACUAUCCUAAGGAGCUUUGGAUACUUUUUUUUAGAAGGAUAAAUAUUGUGCUUACUGAGGAGAAAAAAAAAAAAGCAAUCACAGAAAAAUUUCAUAGCUAAUAUUUUUACAAAAGUUGUGCCGGACAUUACAAAACGUCUCUCAAGAUGGAAUGCUUUACAGAAUAAAGGCUUAGCACAGGCCCAGACCCUUGUGUGGGUAUGACAUGACGUGACAUGUACAUGUCAAAACUCGCUUUAGUAUAGUCAGAACCAGAGUAUUGAUAAACAAAAUGUUAGUUACCUGGAGCAGUCCUGGAGAGGCUAAGACAUCCUAUACUGUUGUACAUCAACCAUUUCUACAAAGUUAUCCAGACACCUAAAAGCAGCUUUCUUGGUUAUCCAGAUCCAGUUUUUGGUUAUGCCAAAAUCAGCCUUGUAUCUGACAAUGCACAUCUGUUGAUUCUAAAGUAUAUUUGUGUGUGUAUAUACAGCACAUAUUUACAUCUAUGAAGACACAGACACUCACAGAGACCCACAUGAGCUGGCACUUGCUGAGCCUUUACAGCCUUUAAGACUUGGAGGUUGAGAAUUAGAGACAGAAGAGAGGCUGUUGAUGGCCUCUUAAAAUGAUCAAAGAUGUAAAUUCAGUGCCAUUUAAAAACUGUUCAUACUUAUCAAAUGAUUAUCUACAGCUACAUUCUUUGUUAACUUAUUUAAAGUCAUGUUGCAAAAAGGGUCAAACCCAUGAAUGCUUAGUAGCUAAGGCUAGUGUUCAGAAGCACUCUAAAAGACAUUUUGUCCACAUUUUGGAAAAGAAAAUAUUUGCAUGUUUAAUCAUAAUUUAGACUACCUUUGAGUAUACUGUAAAGUGCUAUGUGAUAUAAUAUCAAUAAAGUACUUAUUAAAUGGCACUUUAAUCUUUUCUUUUAAAAUAACGCACUGUUCUAAACUUCAGUAUUGACUAUUGACUGGUGCAUAGAAUCCAAUGCUGUAAUUAGAAAGUAAUCUGUGACUAGAAUAGACCUUUGUCACUGUUAGCCCUGUUGCCAUGUUCAGGCUUUUAAAAAAAUGUGCUUUUGUGUCACAAAAUACAUCUAUAAAGAAAAUAGAAUUUCUGUUCAGAGGCCUCUGAAACUUGGCUUUCUUACAUUUGGUUGGUUUAUGUGACAAUCCCUAUGAAAUGAGUGGACGUAUGAUUUUUGAAUUAAAUGUCUUUUCCAUUUGGUGGUA